AUGAAAGCACAACCAAAGUUACCAAUUCGCGGCAACACUGGAUUAUACAAUUUAGGAAAUACGUGUUACGUUAACUGUGUCUUGCAACUUCUGAGUCAUGUACCGCAAAUUUGUGAUGCCAUUUGUUCAAUGAGUUUUGAAAGUCUUGGGCUUGAACAACCGUCAGACGUUCCAACGACUGCAUCACUAUCACACGAACAUCCACCAAAACUGAAGGGUGGAAGUCGUAGUUUAUUGAAAACACUCGAAACACAGGCCAUGCGUGUGCCGUGUUAUCUUGCUUAUGAAUUGCAUGGCAUAUUCAACAUUUUGUGGUCUGGAAAGUGUCAGACAUUUAGUCCGUUGAGUAUAGUUACAGCUAUCAGAAAUCUUCUACCAUGUUUUGAACCAUGUGCAAUGGAAGAUGCGCAAGAAUUUUUAGAAGCGCUGUUAUCAGCUAUCACGGAGGAAAUUAAAAUCAAUAAACUAGCUGAUACAAACAUAAUUAGUCAUUUAUUAGGUUUUUCAUCAGAAAGUCAGAUUUUGUGUGAACAAUGCCAUCGUAUAUCAAUAACAAAUACGGAUGAAACGUUUAUAACGUUAACAUUUUCAGAAAAAAUGCUCUGUGAUUCACGUGGCUCUAGUCGUCGUCGAUCGUGUCAUUUAACAGAAAUGUUAUCUCAGUUUCAUCAAUGGGAAGCAUUAUCUACACCAUUUCAAUGUUCGCAGUGUGCCAUUCGUAAUUCGUCAAAAGAGGGCACACGAGCACAAAAACGUUUAUUAAUAUCUAAAUUACCACAAGUACUUCACUUAGUGUUGAGACGAUUUAGAUCGUUACCCAAGACAAAUCUUCGACGUCAGACAUCUCGCCAAGCGUCAUUGUCACAUAAAAUAACACUACAUGUGAAUUUUGAUGAAUAUCUUGAUAUGGCACCAUAUUGUUGUCCAACAUCCCAUAGUCAGAAUAUGAACAAUAGUAAUACUCGUCAAAAUGGAAAAAGAACAUUUUUCACGAAUCCACAAUCACAGCAAACGAUUCCGCCACAAGAAAACAUAAAUUCAAAUAACUGUCAGUAUCGUCUACGGGGUGUGAUUGUACAUUAUGGAAAAAGUAUUAAUACCGGACAUUUUGUUUCAUUUUGUUAUAAUGAUGCCAUAGGCGAAUGGAUUCGUUGUGAUGAUCAUGUUGUUGAAACAACGACAUUUGAAUCAGUUAAAACAGCUGACGCUUAUAUUCUAGUCUAUAGUCGAUGUGCAACAGCAAUAUCAUCAACAAUGAAUUCAGUGGUCGAUUCACAUUUAUUUCAGAAAUGUAACAUAAAUACACUUAUAUCACAACCACAACAAAAUCCGGUGCGCUCUUCACGCAAACGUCGUCGAGCAUUGUCAGUGGAUAAUGUUAAUGAUGUAAAUACAGUAAUCGAAAAAAGAACAACAACAGUUAUAGAUAAACAGCAACAAUCAAUCAAACAAUGUACCGAACUAACUCUCAAAAAACAGCCGAACCAGAUGGUUGUUCAACCCCAACUAACAGAAGCCUUUGUUGUAAAUAGCUUAAAAUCAUUAUGUGUCAACAUGGAUCCAGGUCUGAGACGUCGCACCCAAUCACUCAAUUUUCCUAGCCGUCGUCAUUCAUAUAAUGUAGAUAGUUCAAGAGAAUCAAAUGAUACGGUCAUUGGACCUCCACCAUCCAAACGUCGACAAAAAAUAUCAACAGUAAAGGCACACAGUCCGAUACAUAAUUAUUGUUCAACACGUGUAACUUCUCGGUCUAAAUCUUCGUCAAGUACCACUCAAAAUAAUAAUACUUCUCAGUUAGUAACAACUCCAGUGACAACAAGAAAAAAACCUAACUUAUCUAAAAAUAUUCCAAAUAGUCUGAUGACAGAUACGGUACCAGCAAUUCCAAAAAAGGCAACAAGACGACGUAAAAGACGAGCAUUAUUGUUCUCACGUAAAAGACGACCGCGAAAAACAACUACAUUACCAGAACCACCGACACAAACAGUAAUAACGACCGCUACUAAUGCAAUCAAAAAAAUUGGAAAAGUACAAACUAUUAUACCUUCUAGUAUAGUACAUAAUUCUUCUACAAUCUCGCUAAUUAAACAAACUCAACAACCUUUAGCUCCAAAACGACUUGGACGUGUCCGCAUUCAGCGGUCAAUUGAAAAAAUACGAACAGCUACACCAGUAGGUGUAUCAUCAUCAAUCACACCAACAAUUCUAUCACAACUUGUCACGCCCAACACCGCAUAUUUAUUACCAUCGAGACUGAGCGUUGUUGAACAACCUUCAUCUGGUAAUAUUAUUAAAUCUCCGCCAUUUUAUUGUACAAUUAAUCCAUCGUCUAAUAUUGUCGUUACAUCAACAUCCUCAUCGAUAAUAGCCAAUUUAUUUACUGCACGUCAUCGUUCCAUUAAGCAGGAACCAUUACCAUCGACUGUGAGUCAAAUUUCUACAACAGCUGUUUCAUCUUUAACGCAUAGUUAA